AUGACAAAUUCCGAUGUUGCUGGAAGAUUUUCGAUAUCUAAUCUUCCAAAAUCGUUCAUAAAAUUUCUUGAGGAUAAUGAAAUUGAUCCGUCUGUAUACUGUGUAAAUAACCUUCCAAGAUAUAUUCGGUUGACAGGUCCACUGCAGCAGCAGCUAACCUUAAAAGAGUUGCACGAACAAUUUAAUGGCCCGGUUUUGCCGGUGGAUGGAAUCGAUAAUUUUUUUAGAAUUGAUGCGAAAGAGAAAAUUGUGGAUUGUCAAACUUAUAAAGAUGGAAAGAUUUUUGGCAUGGAUUUAAGUUCCGGAAUGGCCGUUUACUCUCUAGACAUUAAGCCAGACGACCAUAUAUUAGAUUUAUGUUGCGCACCAGGCGCCAAACUAUGUAUGAUUGCAGAUUUGCUUGCUAAUCAAGGAGGAAUCGGGACGGUAACAGGCGUAGAUAUUUCUAAUCAUCGCGCCUCUAUCUGUAAAAAUUUGUUAAAGAAGUAUAAAGUGAAUCGAGCGAGGAUUUUUGUCGCAGAUGGUACACAAUUUUCUGUAAUGGCACCUUCAUAUUUAGAGCCUUUGAAACGUCUGGUAGAAGCAAACAACCGGAAAAACGAUGCUAAUAAAAAAGAGGAACAAAGACAGCAAACUAAGAAGUAUAAUAAUGACGAAAGAUUAGAGACUGAAUUGAUGGACAGCAGAAAAAGUGAUGUUAAACGUAGUCCCAUAAUUAGGCCUUUUUGGGCGCCGCAAAUACUACGAAGUGAUCCGCAGAUUAUCAAUGAAAAAUAUUUGUAUGAUAAGGUUAUUGUUGAUGCGGAAUGUACUCAUGAUGGAUCGAUUGCCCAUAUACUUAAAUAUGAAAAGUGGGGAUGGGAUGCUUUCGAAAAAAAUUUUAUGAAUCCUGACAGAAUCAAUAAUCUCUGGGAUCUACAACGCAAAUUAAUCAUAAACGCAUGGAAUCUACUAAAAACUGGCGGAAUCCUCGUGUAUAGUACGUGUAGUUUAUCGCGGAAACAAAACGAGGAUGUGAUUGGAUGGUUUCUAAGUGAACAUAUGAAUGAUGCUAUAUUAGAACCUAUACCUAGUAUAGGAACAUUGAAAACGGCACCAUUAAGAAAUAAUAAUAAUAUUGAUAUUUCAAAUGCUGUUCGUUUCGAUCCUUUAAUUUCAAAUACUUCGGGAUUUUUUGUUGCAAGAAUUAGAAAACAAUAA